CGCAAUGUCAAUGUAAUCGUUUUGAAAAAUGUUAACAUGAAAAUUUUAGUCCUCUAAUGACUUCCGCUCGCGAAAACGGAGACUCAACCGAAUCAUUUUUGUACGACAUGAGCGAUAAUUGGUUCUCUACGUUCUUCGAAUUUAUUCUGUUGCUCAGAUCAGAAUUGAUGGAAGAAAUACAUAACCUAGAACAAAUCUUCAUUAAGCUGAACAACAUUUAUGGGUUCAUUUGUCAGAUUUGCUUUUUUAUUCUCUGUGAUUUGGCUUUGGAUCACCAACAUCAGCUAGAAAGAAAAACCGAGCGAAAUAUAAUAACGGCUCUAACCACAGUGCUGUUCUACUCAGUGAUCGGCUACUUUGCGACGAAGAUAAGAGAUGUCUGCCAACGCAGCAGGUCCAGACUGGUAUCGGGACCACUCUCCAUAAUGAACAGUCUGAAGUGGCUCUGCAAAAUAAUCCUAGAAUGGGCUAAAGCGGCGGUGGUGGUGCUCUGCCUUAAAGAGCAAGGAAUUCGCUUCGAACCUAAAAUCCUGUACACCGUAAUUACGUUCACGUACUACUUGUGUACGGAAAAAAUAUUCCUGGAAAUAAUCCCUUCUGUGGUGGAAAUGUGCGAAGUUGAAAAAUUCGAAAAUUUGGAACACCUCUACGUGCCUCUGCUAAUGAACUUUGUAGUCAUCGUUUUGGGCGCUAUGGUCGAAAUCUACAGUUUUUUCACAAAUUAUUCCAAUUUUCUAUUGCUGAGUGCGUACUUUAUGGUAUACCUGAGGAUCAAGGAUGCCUAUUAUAAUUAUUGGGAGUGCAUAAUGGCGGAAAGGGAAACGUUCGCCAGUUUUCAAAUGGCAACCAGGGCAGAUAUCGAGGAGUGGGACGAUAUUUGCGCUGUUUGCCUCAACAGCAUGUCCAGGGCAAAGAUAACCCCGUGCCGUCAUUUGUUUCAUCCUUACUGUUUAAAGCAGUGCCUGAAAACUUCGUUCGAUUGUCCGCUGUGCAAACGUAACUUUCUGGAGAGUAGGACAAUGCUUAAAUAAAAUGGGAGGAAAAAGUAUUCUGUGCUAUCUCUCAAAUCCAAUUGUUGUUAAUCUUUUGCAAUUUGUAAUAGUUGGAAUUGCUCAACCAUUCUACAUAAUUUAUAAUUCAUUAAAGUAUGAAGUUUUCCCAGAACAACUAGGACAAAUGUGCCCGUAAUGGGCCCCUUAAAGAAAUUUUAUUACAUUUUUUUUAGUGUUGUGGUUAGCAAUUUUUUUAAAUGAAGAUUUAUAUAUAAUACCGAGUUAGUCCUAACAUAAAAGU